AUGCAAUUGACUGCUUUACUCACCUUGGCUACUGCCGUGCUUGCCCUUCCUGCUCAACCCGCUCAACCUGCCCCUGGCGCCAACGGUCAAGGCAUUCAGUUGCCUGAAGGUGUCACUGAGCAAGACGUGAUUGAUGCUCUUCCUCUGGACGUGUUGGCGUCACUUCCCUCUGGCGUCACCGUCCAUGACAUUAUCAGCGGUAACGUUGACCCUAAUUUGUUGGCUGGUGAAGGCGGCAGUGCCGGCGCCGCUCCCGCCGCUCCCGCUGCUGAACUGGCUGCCCCCGCUGCUGAACUGGCUGCUCCUGCUGCUGAGUCCUCGGCUGCUGCUCCUCUGGAAGCUCCUUCUACGGAGACCGUGGCCCCUGCCGCUGAACAGACUCAAGCUCCUCCCCCUCAACAACAAGAAGCCCCCGCUCAGCAACAAGCCCCCGCUCAGCAACAAGCCCCCGCUCAACAGCGAGACGCUCCCACCCCGUCGAAGGACGCUCCUGUGCAACAACCCACCUUUGGCUCUACUCCUUUCAACGACGGUCAGGGCAUCUUUGACAUUACUCUGAGUCAAUUGGUCUCGGCUUUGGUCCAAGGUGCUCAAAAGGCGUUGGAUGAUUCUGGGUUGUCGAUCAGCGACCUCUUGCUGAAGGCCGCUGCCGCCGUCACUCAGCUUGCUGCGCAAUACCAGCCUCUUGUUGAAGAAUACUUCAAGGAACACCCCUUAAACGUCACAGCGGGCCUCUUGCCGGCCAUCACUGUGGGUGGCCCCGUCUCUGCGGGCCUCUUGCCGGCCAUCACUGUGGGUGGCCCCGUCUCUGUUGCUGGCGGUCAACCCACCGCUGCUCCUUCUGCGUCUGCUUGA